GAGAAGUGAAGUCAACAGCAGAACUGAAAUUGGUACUCACUUCACUUGGAUACUCUCCCAUGGCUUCAGCUAAAGCUACGCCUUCUUCUCCGGCGCCGGCGGCCGGAGAUCUCAUCCACGUAUUCUGGCAUGAGGGCAUGCUGAGCCACGACGCCGGCAAAGGCAUGUUUGACACGGGGAUUGACCCGGGGUUUCUGGAUGUGCUGGAGAAUCACCCGGAGAAUGCGGACAGAGUGAGGAAUAUGGUCUCCAUCCUCAAAAGAGGCCCAAUUUCUCCCUUCAUUUCUUGGCACCAUGGCAGACCUGCUCUCCUCUCCGAAUUGCUCUCUUUCCACACUCAAGAGUAUGUAAAUGAGCUGAUUGAAGCAGACAGAAGUGGCGGGAAAGAGAUCUGUUCAGGGACAUUCUUAAAUCCAGGUUCAUGGGAUGCUGCACUUCUGGCGGCUGGCACAACAUUAUCAGCAAUGAAACACAUUCUUGAUGGAAACGGGAGCAUUGCCUACGCGUUGGUCAGGCCACCUGGCCAUCACGCCCAGCCUGCUCGAGCUGAUGGCUAUUGCUUCCUCAACAAUGCUGGCCUUGCUUUGCAACUAGCUCUGGAUUCUGGACAUGAAAGGGUCGCGGUUAUUGACAUUGAUGUCCAUUACGGGAAUGGCACUGCAGAAGGGUUUUAUCGCUCUGACAGAGUUCUUACCAUCUCCCUGCACAUGAACCAUGGUUCUUGGGGCCCCUCGCAUCCUCAGGAUGGAACUGUGGAUGAGCUUGGCGAAGGUAAAGGAUUCGGGUAUAAUUUGAAUGUCCCUUUGCCCAAUGGAACAGGAGAUAGAGGCUACGGUUAUGCCAUGACACAUAUAGUCGUCCCUGCAGUUCAGAAGUUUGAGCCCGAUAUGAUCGUUUUUGUUGUUGGCCUGGAUUCAAGUGCAUUUGAUCCCAAUGGAAGGCAGUGCUUGACCAUGGAGGGUUACAGGGAGUUAGGGCGGGCUGUUCGCGCCAUAGCUGACGAAUAUAGCAAUGGGAAACUCUUGAUUGUGCAAGAAGGUGGAUAUCACAUCACAUAUUCAGCUUACUGUCUGCACGCCACUCUUGAAGGCGUGUUGAAUGUAUCUGCAGAACCUCUGUUACCUGACCCUAUUGCGCAUUAUCCCGAGGAUGAAUGGUUCUCCAUCAAAGAUAUCGAGGCAAUCAGGAAAUACCUGAAUGGCACGGCGCCAUUCUUGAAAGAUGAUGCUUGGUUAUGAAGCUCUUGAAGAAGACAUGGCAGUGGUGUAGAAAUCUGUUAUGUAAAUCCUACUUUGAGAUGCAUUCAGCAUUCUCCUUCCUGAAAUCUGUAAGUUUUUUCAUUUUUUUUGGAUGAAGAGUGAAACUUGCUGCCACUAUUCGAAGGUGUGCACCGGGUAAAUCCUCGCCUUCUGACCCUGGCCGGCAAAGAAUCAAAGAAUCACUAUGAGGUAAAUUGGUUUAGGUUGCUUAUAGUUGAUCGGCCCAAGCCAAUAAAGCCAAUAGGCCACUUUCGCUGAACUUAGUAACAUUGUGGUGGUUAUUAAGUGAACAGUUUUGUAACAACAGUUUCAGGGAUAAAAUGGUAAAUCUUAGCCAGGCAUUCUUUUCAGUUUUCA